AUGGUCAAUGAUAUCAAGGCAGCGAAUCUCUUCAAUGACUUGUCUAAAUUUGCUGAUGAUAUUGCAAUAAUUGUACCAGUUUAUGAUUACGAAGAUUCAGCUGGGGAUGAAGUAGAAAACAUGAAACUAUGGUCAAACGAGAAUAGAGUGACUUUAAACAUGGAGAAAACCUAUGAAAUGAUAGUUUGCGGAAAGGUGUCUACUCCCCUUCCGGGUCACAUUCCAUCCAUAAAACGGAAAGAAUGGCUCAAAUUAUUGGGUGUCACGAUGGAAGAUAUAACUGGAAAAUGGGAUAAACAUUUUGAUCAUGAGAAGAUGAUGAAAAAAGCUAGUAGAAGAAUGUACAUUCUAAGAGUUUGUAAACAUUACGGACUCUCUACGCAUCAAUUGGAUCUUCUCUUCAAUAGUCUUAAUAGUUUCUCUUUUUUUUCUUUCUCUUUUUUCUUUUUUUUUCCCUUUGCAGCCGAAGUUUGUGAUGGAGCAUCGUACAACGAAUACGUGACUCAGAUUGAUAAGUUUGGCAAUCGUGCCGCCUAUUGA